GGGGGGCUGGUCCUGCCGGGUGCCGCCCCGCCGGUCACGUAGCUCUGCGGCAUCACAGCCCCAUUUACCGCGGGUCCGGAGCGCGCAGCUGGCAGACCGUUCCCGUCGCUGCCCGCCCUGCACGCCACCGCCACCAUGACGCACCAGUACCCUCCGCUGACGGCCGAGCAGAAGAAGGAGCUGUCGGAUAUCGCCCUGCGGAUUGUGGCCCCGGGCAAGGGCAUCUUGGCUGCUGAUGAGUCCGUUGGGAGCAUGGCAAAGCGCCUCAACCAGAUUGGGGUGGAGAACACGGAGGAGAACCGCCGGCUGUACCGCCAGAUCCUCUUCAGCGCCGACAGCCGGGUGAAGAAAUGCAUCGGGGGUGUCAUCUUCUUCCAUGAGACCAUGUACCAGAAGGCUGAUGAUGGCACCCCCUUCGUCCAGAUGAUCAAAGACAAGGGAAUCGUUGUGGGAAUAAAGGUGGACAAGGGUGUUGUGCCACUGGCUGGCACAGAUGGUGAGACCACCACACAGGGUCUGGACGGGCUGUCAGAGCGCUGUGCCCAGUACAAGAAGGAUGGGGCUGACUUUGCCAAGUGGCGCUGUGUGCUGAAGAUCAGUGAGAACACCCCCUCUGCACUCGCCAUCAUGGAGAACGCCAACGUACUGGCCCGCUAUGCCAGCAUCUGCCAGCAGAAUGGCAUCGUGCCCAUUGUGGAGCCAGAGAUCCUACCUGACGGUGACCAUGACCUCAAGCGGUGCCAGUACGUGACGGAGAAGGUGCUGGCAGCUGUCUACAAGGCACUGAGUGACCACCAUGUCUACCUAGAAGGGACCCUGCUGAAGCCUAACAUGGUGACCCCUGGGCAUUCCUGCCCCACCAAAUACAGCCCUGAGGAGAUUGCCAUGGCCACUGUCACUGCCCUGCGCCGCACCGUGCCCCCUGCCGUGCCAGGUGUCACCUUCCUGUCCGGGGGUCAGAGUGAGGAGGAGGCUUCCAUCAACCUCAACGCCAUCAACACGUGCCCACUGCUGAGGCCAUGGGCCCUGACCUUCUCCUAUGGGCGGGCACUGCAGGCCUCGGCACUCAGUGCCUGGCGUGGGCAGCCAGACAAUGCCACUGCCGCCACUGAAGAGUUCAUCAAGCGUGCAGAGGUGAACGGGCUGGCUGCGCUUGGCAAGUACGAGGGCAGCGGGGACAACUCGGGAGCUGCCGGGCAGUCCCUCUACGUGGCCAACCACGCAUACUGAGCCCCAGCCGGGUGCCCCACCGGCCCUGGCCCCCGCCCUGGCCCCCUCCCCACCACUGCUCACACCCCGCUUCCACCCCAGCCACCCAGGGGAGCCGCCACGCGGGGAGGGGAAGGGGAGCGCUGCUGAUCAAAUGUGGGGGGGCCCGGCUUACCCGGCCCCCCGAGGAGCCACCUGAGUGUCCCUUGACUGGGGGCUCCGGCCAGGUCGUGGGGGGCAGGAGUGGGAGGCCUGGGGGUGCCCCUGCCCUGCCGUAGCUUCGCAGUCCCGGUCGCUGUCGCCCUUGGGGCGCCUGUGUUGUGUUUGCCGUGUGCACCCUGUGUACCAAAUAGCCUAACAACGAAUAAACGGUAGAGACAG